AUGCUACCGGUUUCACGACCAGAAGGACAGAUGAGUUUCAACUAUAUUCCAACAACUCAGCCAAUGUCGGGUACCUCGACAGGCCGCAGCUCUCCGAGUGACCCGGGAUCUGGCAAUUCCAGAAUGUCAUUUGGUCCCUCUCCGGGUUCCAUUGGGAGUUCAAGGCCGGGAGCUGGCUCCCCUUCUCACGACUUGGGAUCACGGCUGUACUCGAAGCGAGCCCGCGAAAUCCAGGCGCAAGAAGGUGUCUCGCCUAGCAUCUGGGGCCCUCCCACAAGCGGCCAUUCAACCCCGCUCCGUGAAAAUAUCCCUGAAUCGCCGAGUCAGGACAGCUUCCCCGAUCUAAUUCCCACCACCAAUGGCUCUAUUGGCAGCCCCAGUCGCCGAGCCCGCGCAGGAACGGUUCCAUCUCGUUUCCCUCCGAUGGGCACACUAAGCGAGAUGGACCUCCAGCAGCCCUUCGCAUCGCAGACCUCCCGCCCGACACCCUCAACCAGUCCUUUCAGGCCUCCCGGUGUGUCUGGGAUCGACACGGGCUCCAAGCCUGCGAGCUCGGCUGCCGGGCCCGCCCCGGCGUCUCUUUCCCGUCUUCGCGCGGGUUCGAUGCCACAAAGGAGCAACUUUUUGGGCGGAAGCGGCCCCUUCGGCCCUUCGCUGUUCUCAACUAAUUGGUCUUCAGGCCGCGAGAGGGCUACAACCUUGACGAGUAUUCGCUCUUCGGAGGGACCUACCUCGCCGAGUCACUCCUCCUUCUCGAGGGAUGGUCUUGCGGACACCGAUGUGAAAACACUGGACUAUCUGGGGCUUGCUGAGACUCCUCAGCAGGCGAUGGCAUCCCUUGCGCGCCCAUCUAUGGAGCAAUUGAUGCAGCAACAGCAGCAGCAGCAAGCUUCUGCGCUGCCGCCACUCCUGGCUGAGUUGGCAAUGAUAAAAAAUAAUAGUCGAUUCCGCUCAUACUCCGUCAACGCUAAGGAGAAAUACGCGGAUGACGAGGACCUCGAAUAUGAGAAUCGUUAUUCUCAAGUCCCCUCGGGCACCAUGACUCCAUCUGCCGCUGCAACUGCUGCUCAGCUUGCGGCCACUCAGGCCCAAAUCCACCAGCACAACCUUGCGGUCCAGGCCUUUGCCAGCCAUGCUUCCGUGAGCAGACCCCGGGCUCGAACUGCUGGUAUUCUGGAAGCUCCUCCCCAGCGAUCGUCCAUUCGCAACUACCUCGCAACCCCCUCUCGUCUUGACAACAGCUUUAGUGCUGCUGAUUUGCAGAUCCCUGAGAACCUGGAAUAUGACGAACUAUCCGAGGCAGUUCAGCUCAUGAAUCUCGGUGGUGCUGGCAUUCCUACUUUGGGCGCCCGCCAGGCCGCUGAGAUGUCCGACGAGAACAACCAGGACGGGCCUACCCGGGCGUUGUGGAUUGGAAGCAUCCCAGUCUCCACCACUGUCACAUCCCUGGAAGCUAUUUUCGGCAUGUAUGGAAAGAUCGAGUCAACCCGUGUGCUUACCCACAAGAAUUGCGGUUUCGUCAACUUUGAUCGUCUCGACAGUGCCGUCCAGGCUAAGUCACUGCUCAAUGGCAAGGAAAUUUUCCCUGGCGCCGGACCUGUCAGAAUUGGCUAUGCUAAGGUCCCUGGUGCUUCGGCAACUGGCACCCCGGGCGCCAACGGCAUUCAGUCUUCCCCGACCCCUGAUCCAAACUUCCGAUCCAACCUUGCUCCAGGAGAUGGUUCGGACCGGGCCGAGAAUGUUCACACUAUCCCUCAGGUGGCAGCAUUGGCGGACCUGCUACCUGAUAUGGUGCAGAUUGUGCGAGAGUUUGGUGCCAGUGAGACUGAUGUUCAGAACAUCACGGCUUGCAUCCAGACCUCCAUCUCAUUCCAGGAAUUUGAAGAUGAAAUCCCCUCUGUUCAAGAACCAAGCCAGUCCCGCAUGUUCGAUGCGCCUCGUCUUCGUGACAUCCGCAAGCGUAUCGAUAAUGGCGCCUGCUCGAUCCAGGAGAUCGAGGAAACUGCCGAGGCUAUGCUUCCUGAAAUUGCGGAGCUGGCUUCUGACUAUUUAGGCAACACUGUAGUCCAGAAGCUGUUCGAGUUCUGCUCGGAAGCCACCAAGGAGCAAAUGCUAACUCACAUUGCUCCCCAUCUCUCCGAGAUUGGUGUCCACAAGAAUGGAACCUGGGCGGCGCAGAAAAUCAUCGAUGUUGCCAAAACUCCCGCACAAAUGCAGCUGAUUGUUGAUGCCCUACGACCAUACACCGUCCCCCUAUUUUUGGAUCAGUAUGGUAACUAUGUCUUGCAAUGCUGCCUGCGGUUUGCCAGCCCCUUCAACAGUUUCAUUUUUGAAUCCAUGCUCAACCGUCUGUGGGAAGUCGCACAGGGACGAUUUGGUGCUCGCGCGAUGCGGGCUUGCUUGGAAAGCCACCAUGCCACUAAGGACCAACAGCGCAUGCUUGCGUCUGCGAUUGCUCUCCACAGUGUGCAGUUGGCUACCAACGCGAACGGGGCUCUGUUGCUAACUUGGUUCCUUGAUACCUGCACCUUCCCCCGACGCCGAACAGUCUUGGCCCCAAGACUUGUGCCCCAUCUUGUUCAUCUCUGCACCCACAAGGUUGCCUACCUGACCGUCCUCAAGGUCAUCAAUCAACGCAACGAGCCAGAGGCCCGUGAUAUCGUCCUGAAAGCACUGUUCUUCAGCACAGGUGAUGAGGUUUUGGAAAAGAUUUUGAGCGACCAGACCUCUGGUGCUACUCUGAUAUUCAAGGUCCUCACCACGCCGUUCUUUGAUGAGUCUAUGCGAGGCGAAGUUGUCAAAAAUGUAUCCAAGGUUCUCACUAAGCUCAAGGCCUCCCCGAGCCAAGGAUACAAGCGUCUGAUGGAUGAGGUCGGUCUCUCUUCUCGCAGCAGUGGCCGUGAACACCACGGCCGAGAGCACGGAGCUGGGACCCCGGAGAAGUCGCAGCACCGCCAAUCCUCCCGACAUGGCAGCACGGGCUAUCCCGCCCAGCCGUCCAUGGACAGACAGUACAAUGGACAACAGCAAUUUGCUCCCAACAUGUAUGGCCAAACCCCUGAUUCCCGCCCUAUCUCUUCCGACCAGAACAAUCCUUCGCCUCUUGAUCCAUACUCCAACGGCCUUGGGAACAAUCCAUUGAACGGCGUGCCCGGCGGACCUGGCUUUGGACCGGAGCCCCUUAGCCAGCAACAGCUUCAAUACCAGGCCUACCUCGCCGCUCAGGCUCGUGGCGUAUCCCCCGGAUACCCGGGCAUGUCUAACGUCAACUACGGCUACCCUGGCGGCUCGCCUGCAGACAACCUUCGCUCGUUGCAGCCGCAGCAAACCGCGCCGCUUUCUGCUGGGCCUGGUCACAUUGGCCCCAACCCGAUACUCGGCCAGAACUACCAGCAGUUCAGCCCCGUUGUCAACCCCGCGCAGAUGUAUCAAUAUCCCCCGCAAUAUUAUCAACAGGCACAGCCAGUACAGGGUCAAGGUGGUCGGCGUGGACGGGUGAGUUCAUUCUCUGAUCGGCCCUAA